GAGACCGGGUGAUAGUCGGCAUGAAGCAAGUGUAGCAUCCUCGCUUGACUCGAGGCUUCCCUUAUAUUUUUUAGAGAUUAGCGGUGAAAUUCUGUUGACCACAUUUUAGUGGUUUUACCCUGGAGAUGAAAAUGGAGGUGUCCACAAUACGAUUUUAUGUUGUGAUUGCACAUCUUUGGAUCGUCUGUCAAAUAGAUGUGGCACACUCGUUCUACAGAAACCAGCGCAAGUUCUCCGACGAUGUGGACUGGUCUUACACAGGCACUCUAAACCAACAGAACUGGCCCAAGAAAUACCCUUCUUGCAACACAGCGAGGCAGUCGCCCAUCGACAUCGACGAGGACUUUGCCCAGGUCAAGCUGGAGUUUCAGAACUUGCAGCUGGAGGGUUGGGAGCGCAAGACGCCAACCUCGACGACCAUCAAGAACGACGGGAAAACAGUGGCCGUGACCCUGAGCGGCGACUACUAUAUCAGCGGAGGAGGGCUGCGCUCCAGGUUUCGGGUGGGCCGAAUCACAUUCCACUGGGGCCGCUGCAAUGCCACCUCCGACGGAUCCGAGCACAGCCUGAACGGCGUCAAGUUCCCUCUGGAGAUGCAGAUCUACUGCCACGAAGCAGACAAGUACCAGUCCAUCGACGAGGCACAGAAAGAGGGGGGGAGGAUAACAGCACUGGCUGUCCUCUUUGAGGUCAGCCAGAGAGACAACAAAAACUACGCCAACCUCAUCGAUGGAGUCAACGCCGUCAGCCGCUUCGGUAAGAGCGGCCCCGUGGAGCCCUUCUCCAUGCUGGGCCUGCUGCCCAACUCCACGGAGAAGUACUACAUCUACAACGGCUCCCUGACAACGCCGCCCUGCUCCGAGCCCGUGGAGUGGCUUGUUUUCAAAAACACCGUCUCGCUCUCCGAGAGCCAGCUGGAGGUGUUCUGUGAGGUGAUGACCAUGCAGCAGGCUGGUUACGUGAUGCUGAUGGACUACCAGCAGAACAACUUCCGCCACCAGCAGGAGCAGUUCAUGGGCCAGGUGUUCUCCUCCUACACCGGCACUGAGGAGCUGCUGGACCCCAUUUGCAGUUCGGAGGCGGAGAACGUGCAGGUGGAGCCUCAGAACUACACCAGCAUGGUGGUGACGUGGGAGAGGCCCCGCGCCGUCUACGACACCACCAUCGAGCGCUACUCCGUCACCUACCAGCGGCUGCAGGGCAAGGACCCGCCCAAGCGCGAGUACCUGACAGACGGAGAUCAGGACGUGGGAGCAAUCAUCUACAACCUGAUGUCCAACAGCAGCUACGUGGUGCAGGUGAUAGCGCUGUGCAACAACGGCCUGAAGGGUCGUAUGAGUGACCAGGUGAUUGUGGACAUGCCCCUGGAGGACCUGGAGAUUGACUCCGAUUCGUCAGACUCUGAAGAUUAUUUCGAGGUGACUCCUUACACCAGCAGAAGACGUCCAGAUCUGGAGAGCCCUCCGGACCGGACCCUCACGAGCGACUCCUCCUCCUCCAAAAGCUCCAUCUGGGUCACCAUGGCGACGGACCAGCCCGGCUUCCUCUUCCCCGGGGUGCGGACCACGGCCACGCCCGUGCGCCGGCGCAUCACCGAGGAGUCCUCGUUGUCGUGGACGCCCAGCCAGGACAAGGCGGGGACCUACACCCGCAAGCCCGUCACCAAGCUGCUCAUGCCGGAGGGGGUCAAGCCGCCGGACAACGCACUGGUCACCGACGUCUACUACGAGGACUUCGCCGUCAACGGCUCCCUGUACGAGACCACCACCUCGGUGGACACGCCGCUGCCCGACGACGAGAUCAUCGGCGUGGUCACCCUGCCCCGUGAGCAGGACAAUGAAGUGAGGAUGCCCUACGAUGACCAGUAUUUCCCGGGCACCGUCACCAACCCCCUGCCGGAGACACCACCCCCGGUCAUCGGCACCACCCAACAGCCUGAGAUGGUCAUCACCACCACCACCUCCAUAGUGCCAGCCUCCACCACCACCACCACCACCACCUCCACUGCAGGGACGCCUACCACCAAAGCCUUACUCUACACCACCCAGCCCAUGUUCAAUGAGGCCAGUAACAGCAGCCCGGAGUCGCGGGUGGGCAUGGUGGGGGGCGUGGAGCGGGAGAAGCGCACCGUGGUGCCCCUGGCCGUCGUGUCCACUCUCACCAUCCUCUGCCUGCUGGUGCUGGUGGGCAUCCUCAUCUACUGGAGGAAGUGCUUCCAGACGGCGCACUUCUAUGUGGAGGACAACACGUCGCCCAGGGUCAUCUCCGCUCCGUCCACUCCACUGCUCUUACCCACAGCCACCGCCACAGAGGAGAACGAAGCGCUCCCUGUGAAGGACUUUGUGAAGCAUGUGGCUGAGCUUCACGCCACACGCACUUUCUCCAAAGAGUUUGAGAUCUUGAAAGAGUCUUACGAGGAGAUUCAGUCGUGCACGGUGGACAUGGGAAUUAGCACUGACAGCUCAAACCACCCAGAAAACAAGAGCAAGAACAGAUACAUCAACAUCCUGGCCUAUGAUCACAGUCGGGUGAAGCUGGCACCCGAUCUGGAUAAAGAAGGGGAGUGUGGAGACUAUAUCAAUGCAAACUAUGUUGAUGGCUUCAGUCAGCCCAGAGCCUAUAUAGCCGCCCAGGGCCCGAUGAAGGCCAGUCUGGAGGACUUCUGGAGGAUGAUGUGGGAGCAGAACGUGGGGGUGAUCGUCAUGAUCACCAACCUGGUGGAGAAGGGACGGAGGAAGUGUGACCAGUACUGGCCAAUGGACAACCAGGAGGAAUAUGGAUGCUUCUUGGUCACUCUGAAAAGCACCAAAACCUUGGCCUACUACACACAAAGAACGUUCACCUUGCGGAACAUCGGCAUCAAAAGGGGGUCCCAGAAGGGCCGCAGUCAGGAGCGGACGGUCGUCCAGUUCCACUACACCCAGUGGCCCGACAUGGGGGUCCCCGAGUACACCCUGCCCGUCCUGUCCUUCGUCCAGAAGUCCUCCCAGGCCAGGAGCGCUGACAUGGGCCCCGUGGUGGUCCACUGCAGUGCUGGUGUGGGCAGAACGGGCACCUACAUCGUGCUGGACAGCAUGCUGCGGCAGAUCAGAGAGAAGGGCACGGUGGACAUCAUGGGCUUCCUGAAACACAUCCGCACGCAGAGGAACUACCUGGUGCAGACUGAGGAGCAGUAUGUGUUCAUCCAUGACGCCCUGGUAGAGGCCAUCCUGAGCAGGGAGACCGAGGUCUCCUCCAGCCGCAUCCAUGCCUACGUCUCCGACCUGCUAACGCCCGGCCCCUCGGGCAAGACCAGGCUGGAGAAGCAGUUCAAGCUGGUGAGCCAGACCAAUGUGAAGCAGUGUGACUACACGUCUGCACUUAAAGAAGGCAGCGUGGAGAAGAACAGGACCUGCUCUCUCAUGCCAGUGGAGAGAUCCAGAGUGUGCCUGUCCACUACACCGGGAGAGUCCUCGGACUACAUCAACGCCUCUUAUGUCAUGGGUUACCGUCAGAGCUGUGAAUUCAUCAUCACCCAGAGUCCUCUCCCCAGCACAAUCAAGGACUUCUGGAGGAUGAUCUGGGACCACAACUCACAGAUCAUCGUCUCCCUCCCAGAUGUCCACGGCCAGACUGAGGAAGGUGAGUGCGUGUACUGGCCCAUUAAAGACCAGCCAAUCAACUGUGAGACCUUUACUGUCACCUUCACCGGCGAGGACAACGUGUGUUUGCCCAACGAGGAGAUGCUUGUCGUCCAUGAUUUUCUAUUGGAGGCUACACAGGACGACUAUGUGUUGGAGGUGCGGCAGUACCGGGCCCCCCGCUGGCCCAACCCGGACAGCCCCAUCAGCAACACCUUUGAGCUCAUCACCAUCAUCCGAGAGGACACGCGCCACCGCGAGGGAACCAUCGUCGUUCACGAUCGGUAUGGGGGUUCCACCGCUGGACUGUUCUGUGCCGUGACCACGCUGGCUGACCAGCUGGAGGGGGAGAACUGUGUGGACGUGUACCAAACCGCCCGGAUGACCAACCUAAUGAGGCCUGGAGUCCUCACUGACAUGGACCAGUAUCAGUUCCUCUACAAAUCGAUCUUGAGCCUGGUGAGCACCAAAGAGGACGAGAAGACCUUGCGCUCCUCUGAAAACAACGGCUCCAUCCCCACAGGCUCAGCCAACGCCACGGAGAGCCUGGAGUCCCUCAUGUAACCAUGACGACUGUUGCCCCUUUGAACGUGGAAUUCUAUGUGUUAUUGUAAAAAAAAGAAAAGAAAAAACAAGUGUGCUGUGUAGUGGAAGAAUGUUGUUUGCCUUGCCUCAGAAAGAAAAAAGAAAAAAGAAAAAAAAAAAAACGCUCCCUAUAAGUCUGUCUUUGGUGCUGGAUACUCUGUCGUCUUGUCAUUUGUGCCUUUCUUCAUUUCUUGCUGUCAAAAUGUCAAAAUACUUUGAUACAAUUGCGUUGUUGUAACUAAUGCCAAAUGUUGUAUUGUUGGACUGUUGUCUGGAUGAUUUGCUGAGGUCAUUGGUAUGAUUUAAUUUAACCACUUCUAAAAUGUCAUUCGUGGGUAAUCUGUUUUAAAAAGAGGGAGAGAUGGUCUAUUUUUAUAGAUGCUCUGGUUUUGAGGUCAAAAAUCGAUAUUGUAAAUAAAGAUGUCAGAUGCUAUUGAAUGGGGUGGGAGACAUGGAAAAAAACAAAUAAUAUUCUAACUUGUAAAUAAUUAAUAUCACAUCAACAGACCAAAACUAUUUAUACGACUAGAUUUUGUAUUUUACUACUGUCUGUUUUGUAGCUUUAACGGUCAUACCUGUCUUUUGAUAAAUUAGUUGAAAUCUUGGAUCAUGUUUUUAAUACCUACACUUAUGUAUUAUCUUUGAUUAUGAACCAUAUUCAUGGAAUGUUGGGGUUUUCUAUCUGUAGCUGUACAUAGGAAUAACAAUGUUUUCAAGGAGA